AUGGAUGAUGACUGUAAAGAUUACAGGAAAAGCAAACCACAACAAAAAAUUUACAAACCUGGAAGUGGUCCUCUGAGGAGAUCGAGAAGAUCAACUCCUAGCAGUUCCUACAUGAAUUUAUAUGAACCAAAUGUAAUGGAUAAUAAGAAUACCAAUGCAAAAUCUGAUGAAUUCAUUAGCACAAGUGACAUCCAGAAAGAAAUUUAUGAUAGCUUAAGCAAAAAUGGUGUUAGUACUGGUGAUACCAAUCAGCAAGACAGGGAGCUUAAAGUUGAAUCUGUAAAUGAUAACAGUCAUGAAGAUGAAUCAGUUUCAAAAAAUUUUACAAAUCUUUGUGAUAUGACAAAUUUGGAUUGGACAGAGGAAGUGGAAAAGAACAUAAAAUUAGAUGAUAUAUGUGACUCAUCCACAAGUUUUUCACUAAAUCCUAAAACCUCCAUAUCUGAUGAGGUGAAGACAUCUGAACCAAAGGAAUCUAAAAGAAGUGGGCGAUCUCGAAGAAGAGAUAAAAGAAGUUCAAGCAGAGGUCAGAGAAAUUCAGAAAAAAAAACAGAGCGCACCAGAAAAGAUAGUAAUGUUAGCACACAGAGUAAGCCUGAAAGAAAUCGGAGGGAUAGUAAUGUUAGCAUCCAACACGAAUUAAUCUCUUCUUAUCCGAAACAUAGAGAACGAGAAAGAAGAGACAGUCAUAGAAGCAAUCGCUCCUCAACCAUAGGAAACAGCAGAGAUGACUUGGACAAAUGGAGAUCAUUAAGAUCAUAUAGCAGAGAACAGAGCUCUGAAAGACGGAUUAUAUCACAAUGUAACAGCAGAGAUGCUUCAUCUAACCGAGCUUUAAGUCCAAGAGAUGCUGAUGGAUUUAGAUUACCUAAACCAUCCAAUUCAACAUCAGCAAAUCAGAAACAUAAUGGGACUUGGCCCAAUGGGCGCAACUCAAGUAUAGAACGCAGAAGACAGUCUCCAGCGCCUAGUCAUGUUAACAUUGGAACCAAGGAGCAAACUAUAGAGAGUGGAGGUGGUACAAGUAGCGGUGGAGGGGUUAGGCGCUCAAAAAAGCGGACUUCUAGACGUAGAGGGCGAAACUCCGAGAAUGUUCUCCCUGCCACACACCAACCACCUGGUUCCACACCUGCCCCAACUAACAUAAAUUGGCGGGAAGAAAUACUUGAGUCAAAGAAACAUCAAACAUUAAGGGACAGACCACAUGACAGCACACAUCAGAGAAACAGACUGAACAGUGCACUCUCAGACAAGUCUAUGACGGAGUCUUCCGGUGCCCAACCUGGGUUAAUAAUUUUACCCCAUAGUUCUAUGUCAACUUUGCAAAAGGAUGGGCGCUGCGGAUUUGUUGAUACCCAAAAGACUUUAUAUGACCACCAUAAUCCAUCCAAACCUAUUGUUGUACAAACUAGUCCUAAUAAAGUAGAUGUGAGAAUGGAACAAGCAAUGAAAGAGACGUCAGUUCGCAGCGGAAUGGGCUACGAGGCGAGUGACGCAGCGAGAGCGGCAAGGCACGUCGCCCUCUUACAGAAGGUCGACAGGGCGGACGCCAUUUUGCGGACGCACACGCUGCGGGGCCCAGUGGCGCUUGCUUCUCACUGGGACGAUGUUAUAGAAACUAGAAGUUUUCUACAAGAUGCACUUCAAAAGCUGCUAAUGUCGGAUUUAAAAUAUUUACAAAAGUUAUAUGUUUUUUUGGGAGACUUAGCUAGAUAUAAGGAACAAGUAAACGAAACAAAUAAUUACGCCAAAAGUAAAUUCUGGUAUACAAAGGCCCAGCAGAUUAAUCCGAAAAAUGGAAGACCAUAUAACCAGCUAGCUUUAUUGGCAAUUUAUGCUAGAAGAAAGUUAGAUGCUGUGUAUUAUUACAUGAGAAGUUUAAUGUCGUCCAACCCGUUUCAAUCGGCGCGGGAGAGUCUGUUGUCUUUGUUUGAUGAAAACAGAAAAAAAUACGAGGCGGCGGAGAAGAAGCGUCGGGCGGCGGAGACGCAGAAGGCGGAGGGCGGCGACACGAGCGCGGCCAGCUCGGGCGGGCACGGCCUUCGGCGCGAGGUGUGGCUGCGGCCCGGCGCCUCCAGGGCCUCCCCCGCCCGCCACCAUAGCGACGACGAGCGCUUCGACGCCAUGACGCCGGUCGAGUUGAACAAGAACUUCAUCACGAGUUACUUGCACGUUCACGGCAAAUUAAUAACAAAAAUCGGGAUGGAGACUCUGCACGAGAGCGCGGCGCGGAUGCUCAGGCAGUUCCGCGCGCUGCUGCACCGGCAGCCGCUGCCCACGCCGGCCGCCCGCCUGCUGCAGCUCACCGCGCUCAACAUGUUCGCCGUCGAGAGCAACGCGGCGGCGCAAAGAGAAAACACCGGCAAUGGAGAGCGGUCGGCGUGGUUAGAGUGUGCGCUUGGCGUGUCUUUGCUCAUGUUCGGUGCGCUGUUAGAGCGAUGCUGCGCACUGCUACCAGAACCGCCAAACACGCAGCAACACGCCGAUGCCUUGCUGCUACUGCCAGCUAUUAAGGUGUGGUCCGACUGGAUGUUAUGUCACAGCUGUGUAUGGAAUCCACCACCGUCAUUCGAAAAUUUCGAAAUCGAGAGCGAAAACGACCCUUGGGAUUGGCUAGCUAAGCUUAUGAACAUCCUCGAGAAACUAGAUGACAAGUCAAUUGAAUUGGAAAACGACAUGAAAGAGGGCUACGUGGCGGUGCGUCUGUCGGAGGACGCCUCGCUCGCCGGCUUCACGCCGCUGAUGUACAUGGAGCCGGCAGUGGCGUGGCUGCGGGCGGACCGCGCCGCGCCCCACCACGCCGCCGAGCACGCGCUCCGCACGAGGAAGCUGCUCUUCUUCGGCACGGAAUACCUUGUGGGUGUGGAGCCGCCAGUGUUGAAGCUGGAGUAUCCGUCGGGAGCUUCGCCCCGUUACGUCAGCGCAGUGCAAAAAACACAGCCGCAAUACCCGCCCUUACAGAAUCUGGCCGAGGACUCUGACGACGGGGAGAGCGCGUGCGGCGCCGCGGCGAGCGAGCCCGCCGGCCUCUGCUCGGGCCCGGGCGCGCCGCUGCCGGAGGGCGCGGACGAGGCGACGCGCAGGCUGCUCAGGCGCAAGGAGCAGCUCGAGUCGCGCAAGGCCACACUGGAGCGACGCCGACAGCGGAUGCAGGAAAUGGUCGGCGGCGCCAGUUCCGGCGUGGAAGUGGAGGUGCGGCCUCGCUGGUUGGUGCCCGACACGAACUGCUUCAUCGACCACCUGCCGCUGCUGCAGGCCAUUGCCAACGCCCCCGGCCAGCCGUACACCCUCGCCGUGCCCCUAGUCGUGGUGGCGGAGCUGGAGGGUCUGCGGCGGUGCGAGCGCGUGGGCGCCGCGGCGGGCGGUGCGCGCUCGUGGCUGGCGGGCGCGGCGGGCGUGCGGCUCGCGACCGCGCGCGGCUCGCUGCUCGCGUCGCGCAGCUUCACCGCCGAGCACGACCACCCGCGCGCCUCCAACGACGACCGCGUGCUCGCCACCGCGCUCAACCUGCACGCGAACGUGCACACGCACGCGCACGCGCACGCGCACGCCGACGCGGACGCGCCGCCCGGUACGCAAGAGGAGAGUGGGGAGUCACCUAAAGGGCGUAGAGUUCGCGAGGUGGUGUUGCUGACGGACGAUCGGAACUUGCGCGUGAAGGCCCUGGCUGCGGACCUGCCUACGAGGGACCUGCCCUCCUUCGUGCAAUGGGCGGGCCUCAGCUGUGACGACACCGCUUCUCCUAAUACGCAGUCGAGCUCGGGGAAUACAACAAGUGGACAUAAU